UCCAAACAUCCUGAGCGCUCUACUCUGUCCCCCUCCCCCCAAUCCCACCGCUCCAGUCUCUAUGGCCUAAGACCAGGUCAGCUCUCCAGCGCACUCCGGCGCAGACAUGGCUCCCAUCCAGGUGCAGGCCCCCGGCGAGCCACUCGACCUCGCUAAAUGCUUCAGAGGAGAGGAGCAGCUCAUAUCUUGGGAUGUCGCGUAUACAGCCCUCUGCGACCCGAAAACUGCCUCCAGAAGCGCGGCACUGCGCUCCUUCCUGACCCCCGAUUCGAGCCUAGAGAUCCUCAGCAGGCCAUGGCGGCCGUUUGGUGCCCCCUCCCCGCAGGAAAAGGCCAGGCUCGAGACUGCCACGGCCCCCAUCAACGUGACCUCUGCUGCGAAUGCGCACUACAACAUUGAGGAGAUCAAGGCCGACAGCGCGUGGCUCUCGCAACAGGCCCACAUCUCCGAGUAUGCUGCCUUGCGGCUGACCAUGCUCGAAUGGCAGAGCCGCCCGGCCGCCCAGCUUCUAAGCGGGCUGACCGAAGAGGAGGCAUUAAGUGUCCAAGAAGCUGCUGGUAUAUCCAACCUGGGCGCGUCCACCUUCGUCACCAAUUCAUCUAUCCUCACCGCCCCGUCGGGCUUCGCCCUGCAGGCCGAUACUCAAUUCAACUCUCCCGAGCACCGAAAGCUGCGACUGAUAGAUGUGUAUCACUCGGAACGCGCAUCCGUUCUCCGCGUCAGCCAGCUGCUCAUCUGCUGGGGCGCAGCGAAGGACUUGCGCCAGGCAUAUGGCCGUGAAUAUCGCGUGUGCGAUGACUGGCUGGAGCAGCUGGGCCAGGCUGUUGCUUCACGGCAACAGCGGCCAAGCCAGAGUUCUCCGGGAGCUAGCUUCUUGAGCCAGUGUAUCCGCACAGUGAACGCAAUCUCAGACGGCUUGGUGGAUUUGAGCGGCUUUACUUGGAAUGUUCCAGAUUCUAUCCUCCAAGCUGCAGCAGAAAAAUGGGUAACUGCUCAAAUCUCCGAGGCCAUUCAGAUUCUUCAUAUAGCGCUUGCUCAUGCCGAUCUUUUCCACAAGAAAUUCGUGCCUGCCGCUAUUGUCGAAGAAUGGUUCACCUCCAUGUCGGAUCGUGACUUCUUCGUGAAUUACGCGGCCCAAUACCCCAGCUUGCAGCCUCUUGUAUCCGUACUCCAUUUGCUCACAUCUCUCCUAUCCCUAGCUAUUCUAAAGGUGCAAGUUGUCCUCGAUGAUCUGGACAAGGGAGACUAUGCCUCUUGGGAUCGGUCGUCCUACGUCUUGAAUGGCGCUAUUGUUGAGACCAUCACAAUGGUUUUUGGCCAUGCCAAACGACUCGGACCCAGUCCCGCAACCCCACCAGCUUUCUCUUGGGCUAUCAUCGCAUGGAGGCUCACUGCGCAAGCCAGCGCCAUUGAGCAGCAACGCGACAUAGAAGAUGGGUCAGGGGGUUCAGCGAAUACUGUUAGCCCUCUGGAAGAAGCUGUGCUCUCUCUAGCGAGGCUUGAGAGUAACGAGCUGUUCAACAAAAGGAUACCCUUUCAAGACCUCGCGGAAAUCUGCUCAGAGCACCAUGUUCUCGAGCUGGCCACCCAAAUGAUCAGUCUCGGAAUGUCAGUGUUCGGAACUGACGUCGACCGUAUCUCAAGAGACAGAUUUCGCUUCCUCCUUUUGCAGCUCGUUCGUGCAGGGCUGGCCAGCGAGAUCGUGGCUUAUAGUCCUGAGCUCAUUCUAUCUGCCCACGCUAUCCUCUCAGGAGAGAAGACAUUUCGGAGAUGGGUUGAUCACAAUACUCCUCAUCCUGCUGAUCCCCUCAUUGCCUAUUUUCUAGCGGACAAAGCUGUUCUACGUCCAAUUCUUUUGGACGAAGCUCGACUCCGUUACCCAUAUGAGACAAUACCACUUCUCAAAUUCUGCAGUGCUCUAACCAGAGGAGAGAAGUCAAUACACGACGGGGUGCCAACAGCCGCAAGCUUGCUCAUUAAUGCUAAUACCCUCAUGCAACGCUUACCUGACAACUUCAGCGGGUACAGUUCAAUUCGCGAAGAGGAAAAUGCAAAUUUCGUGGCAUUAAGGGAAGAACUUCCCCAAUUCUCUCCAAAACCGACCUCAAAUUUCCGUGGCCCACAACGAAGGCUGUUGAUGUCCGCUGCUGCCAACAAUCCAUUGGAAGCCAUGGUCAUCCCUCCAGGCACAGAAGGCAACAUUGUUGAUGACAGGGCGUCACCAUUCGUUGCUGUCUGGCAUUAUCCCCACUCAGCACUCGAAUACCUCGUCCGGUUACUCUCUACGUACAUGGUCGGGAACAACCAAGUCGAAUUUGCCACACGAGCACCAAUCUCUCUCGAAAACGCAACAGAGAUAGUCGGGUUCUUUGCUGACCUACUUCAUUCCUCCCUUCGAUCCUCUGCAGGAAGCGAUGGCGACGUAGUCUGCUCGGCCGAGCUAUUGAGCGCUUUGGACAUUGGUGUUGACCGCACCCAAGACACCGUUAGCAUUGUCCUUUCUAUUUUCGAAGAGGUGCUCCUCCGUCAGUGCGAACAGCGGGGGAAUGAGGAGUCACUAGAGCUUCUUGUGAAUUGCAUCCACUUUCUUAACGCAUUGGUCAUAAUAACUCCCAACCGUGUGUGGCCAUGGUUAGCUAGGAGCCGCUUGCUGGAUACAGACGGAAAUGGAGGCAGCCUCGCAAGUGUCCUCAUUGGCACUGAGAUGGUUAUUGGUCGCUAUGACUUCCUCAUUGGAUGUAUUCACCUAUUCCAUGCACUCGUCCGGGAUGCUGUCACACGAUCGGUCACCCGCAAAACCUCUGGUAGCAAAGCCCUCACGCGUUUGAAUGCUGGACCUACACCCGACAGUGGUACAUCCGACAAGAUCAUGAGCAACAUGUUGCUUAUAUUUGGAAGAAUGCUUGCAGGUGUAUAUGAAGGCUCACUCAGUUGGAAGUAUUUUCGAGUUGAAGACCGCCUCGAGAUAAAUAUCGGCAUCUGCGGCGCCUUCAAAACCGUUCUAGAAUAUGCUUACGGUGUAGACGACGCACCGAAACUUUCUUCCAAGCUCACUGGACUCAUUGCUCCAAUUGCAGAAUACAUUGCGCAGCUUUUCCUCUCAAAUUCGGAGAACGACAUGCCAACAAAUCCAAUUCUAGCCUCGCUACUAUCCGGCACGAAUUUAGAAAAUGGCUCGAUUUUGACUCACACAGCAGCACUCUGGAAGCAGCAAACCCAAACGACGCUUUCAUUCUCUGAUCUCCUCGUACGAGUCGCUAUGCUAUUGAACAAACCCUGGACGCACCUAGAACAACAACUUUUCAAAGCCACACCACUGUUGGCUAGGCUGUAUGCUACAAGCGAUGCAUACAAAUCUCCAGUCGUUCUACUGCUCAACAGCCUUGUUCGUGGUGCCAUGCGGGUUGCCGACGAAACAAUCAAAGGAGAAGGUGGUGAGAAGAAGAAAGAUAAGAUGGAGCCGCCCUCUCUUCUCGGCCAUCUGGGCCCGAAGACUGCAAAAAACUUCCUCAGCAUCCUUUCUGGGUUAGAUGAGCCAUUGGGAAUCGUGGACAUCCAGACGAAUGUUUGGAACUUACUUACCGCCGUCGUUACAUGUAAGCAGCAGUGGCUUGCUCUGUACUUGCUAACCGGCAAUACACCACGCGAGUCUAUUCGGAGCAAUGCUACCACUAGUCCAGGGCACUUCAGAAACAAAGCCCUUCUCAACCGUGCACUCGAAGCCUUAUCUAGGCUAGAUCUAGAUCGACCCACUAGGCCUUGGCCGCUGUUCACUGCGAUGCUCGAAUUUGUCUCCGCAGCCCAAAAUAGUUGGUCGUGGGCUAUGGGUGACCUACGUCAGCACAAAGACUUCAUUAAGCACCUUCUUGCGUUCUUCAAGUGGAUGGCAACCCAGCCAAAGGACGUCAAGACAGAUCAAGGCGUUGUAGAUCGCUCAUAUCAAAACAAAUUCGCUGCCCUGGCGAGUGGAAUUCUAGCUAUGUAUAUUCAUAGUUCACGCCAACUCGGAGAUGUAACUCCUUUGAAAGAUAUCGUCCCCGAUUUGACCUAUCUCCAAGAGAAUGCGCUUGCACUACCCUCGUACAACGCUUCUCUUCAGACCAACCUCAAGAAAAACAUCGAAGGGAAGAUUCAAGGGAUCUCACUAUCUAACUUUAAGCGGACGACACUAUACCCGGAGCCAUUUGGACCAAGCUUCUUCUACAAUAUUGAGCUGGCUGACAAACUUCUCGGAUUCGAUGUUAAUUGGACUGGACGGCGGCCAGGUCAAGGGUUUUCCGCCGAGGUUGUGAGAGCGAACCUGAAUCUUGGCCUCGUCGAAUCACAAGUCCAGCUUCUUCACAGCUGGAAAAUUCUGGCGCUAGAGUUGAGCAGCGUUAUGACAAAGGACGACCGUCUCGAAAAACUUAUCAUUAGAGUGGUUGAGGACUGUAUGAAGGCAAAUGCUCAAUCGACGCUUCCAGAAGCAUUAUUCGGCGAGCUCAUGCUCAUUCGUGCAGACUUGUCCUUCGUACUUCUACAGCGGAUGGUGAUAGCAAGGGUCACAGCUCAGGAAGCCAAGCGAUUGCUUCCCAGCAUAUGGAAUACCGUUCGUGCGUCAACGACCGAUAUCGAAACCGUUUUCUCCAGCGAGCAAGUCAACUACUAUCGUACUAUGCUCCGAACUCUCUACCUCGCCCUCCAAUUCUAUCUUCUCGACCCAUCCGCAUCCGCCCAAGACCAACUAUUCCGUUCCAGCUUCCGGGCGUCGAUGCCUGAGAAGGGCAUGACGCUGCAGGAGGCCCCCAUCGCGAAUCAGCUACUGGAAAUACUGUCUGAUGUAGUCGCAAAAGGAUUUCGCAGCCUGGCUAAUCAACUCCAUUCCGAACCCGACAGCAUCUCACCCACCGACUUCGCUCUUCUAACUGCCAUCCUCCAAACCAUUCUCUGCAUACCAGAAAUGAAGAAUUGGCAAGCUCAGGCAGCGUUGUUAUUCUCCAACAGCAAUACAAUCCGCUAUGCCACAAGCCUCUUCUCCUGGUCAGAUAGACUUACAAUUCGAAACAACGGGGUCGAAGAUCCAAUCUAUGGCGAGCUCAGUCUUCUCUUUAUCCUAUCCCUCUCUAGUAUGCAAGUAUUAGCAGAGAACAUGGCAGUGGAAGGCAUCUUGUCCCAACUCAACACCGCAAAUCUCAUGAGCUACUUUCGUCGCCAAGGCGGAAUGGGACCCUUUGACUCGCCCAAUCGAAUGUACUCUAUCUGGACGAAAGGCAUACUACCUCUCUGUCUCAACCUCCUAGAUAGUGUUGGCCCGCCCAUCUCCGGCGAGAUUUCUGCCUUUCUAAACCAGUUCCCGGAGCAGCUCGUCCGAGCUUCCAAUACACUCAGCACCCGAACUGCCACUAAAAUCACCCUUUCUGUUGCUUCCGAGACACACUCUCUUGCUCUCAUAGCUGGCAUUCUUGAAAGCAACAGAGACCAAGGACCUCGCUUAGGUAUUCAGGCUGGCGACAUCCCAGUCCUAGACUGGGAUAGAGAGAAUGUGAAGGAAGAUAUUGAGAGCUGGAUGGCGAGAAAGGGUGCGUUAAGAGAGAAAAUCGUGGUUGUGGACGAGACUGAGGCGGCGUUAUUUGAUAGGAAGUUGGCGGGGGGGGAGGCGGAGAAUAUGCUGGAGGAGCGGAUUUUGAGGGAAUUGGAUGCAGCGGGUGACUGCUUGGGGCUGGGGAGGGGGAAUGGAUCGUAG